GAGCUCUAUUUCAAAAGCCGUCAGCGAUGCAGAAGCGUCUUAUACUGCGACAAGACGUUUUAUCAUAGCGGCAGGACUCAGAAAGGCUUGUUGACUUACACCUUUUCAAGAUUUGUUUCCUUCUGCAAGUGCAAUGUUAAGUCAUUGCUUACAACAGUAAAUCGUCUCCCGUUUUUGCACGUGCAGGAUUCAAAAGAAGGCCAAUUGGCAACUUAAUUAACGAAGGCCGUUUUACUUUUCACUGGUGUGUGCGCAUUUGUGUUGAAAGGGACCGAAACCUAUUUUGUUAUUGCUAACUGCCUCAAUCAACGAAUUGUUUACAAUUUACACGUAUUGCAUGAAACCUCACAACGAGUCACGAAAGCCUACGUAGCUGCGUUUUAAUUAACUUUGUCUUCAUCACAACCUGACGUUGUUAAAACUCACAUUCUGAAAGCAUACGGUCGAAAGCGACAGUUUUGUUUGUUUACAUUCUGGAUCGGAGUGUUCGUUUGAAACUUGAUUUUCGUUUGCUGAAGGACGACGGUAUAUGAAGUGAUUUAUUUUAUAGGCCGCCGAUGUUCAGUUUUGAACCAUCUUGCACUUCCGUCAUAUAAGGCACUUAUCUAAUAUUCGUCACCAGCGCUGCAUGAAGUGCCAGGGAAAACUCUAAUAAUCCUGCGAUCAUCGCGUGUGUUGGGGAAAUAACUUGAUAUCGCGUGUGUUUGGAAGUUCGCUCAAAUGCUCCUUAUGAAGACUCUGUCCGUCGGCGUUUAGCAGUCGAAUUUACGAUCAGUUUGCAGUUACAACAUUCACUUCACAAGAGAACCGUUCUGUAUGUUUAAACGUCAAACCGAGGACCUCUGAUUCUAUGUGUUUUGGUUCGAUGGUUAUUCAUCGAUAUUGAAUUUUAGUGGACUUAUCUCACAGUAUGGUCACAAGGAUAAGGGCUUCCACAUUCACCUUCAGUGCUCCUUCUCCUGAUAUUGGUCGACGAUCUGGCUUGAGUCGAAAACACUAUUAUGGCUCCCUGGAAGCUCUGAACAGUCUGCAUCAAAGUGGAAGUGACUUGAGUGACAAUGCAGGGCGGUUCAGAAUGGAAAGUGGUGAAAUUGGAAUGCAGCCAUCAGUUCCACAGAAUGGAUUAGUCCCAAGGCAAGGAAGUGGGGUACACCUUGAGAAUCCUGAGUUCCAAACAAGAUGGUAUUUCAAGUAUUUUCUUGGAAAAGUUCAUCAGAAUUUUGUUGGCAUCGAUGGAAGGAAGAGUCCUUUUGUUCUGUCUGUUUGCCUGACAGAUUCAGAUAACUAUGGUGUUCCGCAAUACAGAGCCAUUCUUUGGAGAAAAACAGGUGGUCAGAAACUGUGCAUUCCAUACCAGCCAAAUAAACCUAUUUCUCCCAAGACUGUACUGCAAGCUUAUGGUGUUGACAAGUUUGAUAAAGGUCCUAGAGAGGUCCUAAACCCGGAACUGCAAAAGGAAUUGCUAGUUUUGGAAGAACAGGAGGGAUCUGUAAACUUCAAGUUCGGAGUUCUGUAUGCAAAAGAGGGACAAACAACUGAUGAUGAAAUGUUUAGUAAUGUUAAAGUUAGCGAAGAUUUCGAGCGUUUCUUAGAACUGCUGGGUGACAAGAUAGAACUUAAGGGCUGGCAAAAGUAUCGUGGGGGACUCGACGUCAAAAACAAUAUGACUGGCUUUCAGUCUCUUUACACAAUGUACGAAGGACAUGAAAUUAUGUUCCAUGUGUCCACUUUGCUGCCUUUCACACCAGACAAUCCACAACAGGUGGAGCGAAAACGCCACAUAGGAAAUGACAUCGUCAUUAUUGUCUUCCAAGACUGGGAUGGGAAGUCUUCGUUUAGUCCUCCAGCCAUUAAAUCCAAGUUUGUUCACAUUUACGCCCUUGUAUCUUACAACAAAUUGGACAACAGUUAUCGGUUGACGGUGUUCUCUGAAAAGAAUGUGCCAAUCUUUGGUCCACCAUUACCAUGCCCGCCGGUUUUCAGUAAUCAUCAGGAAUUCAGAGACUUUCUUCUGGUCAAAUUAAUGAAUGGGGAGAAGGCCGCCUACGGAUCUCCUACGUUCAGUAACAGACGUCAGCGAACGCUGGACAGCCUUAUAACCAGGCUCCUUCAGGACCACAUCCACGAGAAACUUGGCGCCCGUAAAUCAUGGAAUGACGUCAUCACGGAUCAAUCUCGCGGCAAUCGACGGAAAGAAAUGGAAAGAGAACAAGCUUUUCUUCAGUUCGGCCAGUCGUUAAAACUAACUAAAAUAGUGAAAGGUAAUGCACCAACAAGUCUAGCGAGUACCUCAGGGAACUUGAAAGUUGAGCCGUGGAAGCCUCAGUGUAUUUUGGAGGACUUUUCAACAAAGAUAUUUUGUGGGGAUUCCUGGGGCGAUAGUUUAGUUCUGGGAACAGAAGAUGGCAUUCAAAUGCUUCAAGGAGCAAAAAGUCGCUAUAUAUUUGACAAAUCAGUGGUUGCGAAACAGAUCAGUAUUGUGGAAGCUUUUGGGCUUCUUCUUUUUCGAGUGGACAAAGGUAAAGAGUUCCACUCCUCCAAGGUGUACGUUUUCAAACUGACAGACUUCGAAAACGAGGACGAAGAACCAAAGAACAGGCAGUUUUGCAAAAAUCACAGAGUCGAGAAAAGCAAAGGAUGCCAUUUGUUCGCCGUGAGUCAGUCGGGUGAUGGUGAGCUGAAGCUGGCAGUGGCUGUUGGAAGGAAAGUAGCACUGUUACGUUGGAAGCAUCCAGUGGUAUGGAGCACUUGGACCGUCGGAAACAUCAGAGAUGUGGCGGAUGGAUUUGAGAUCAUCAAGGAAGUGACAGUUGGUGAAGCGCCGAUUUUAAUGACGUUGGUUUACGCAAGUGCUCAAGAAAGUCUUCUUUGUGUUGGUUACAAGAAUCAGUUUGAUCUUAUCAGCGAAGCAGGAGACUUAUCCAAAAUACAUAGUAUUGACAAACAAAAGAAAGCCACUCUUGUCUCGGCAGUGGACGUGUACGAAGAAGAGGAGUCAGAGCUACUUAUUUCCUUUAAUCACCAAUCAAUAUUUAAAAGGCUGACAGGAGAGCAAUCCUCGAACUUUUCAUUCCAGUGGAACUCGGCUCCAAAUUCAGUUGUGUGUGCAUUUCCCUAUUUGCUGGCUUUCACAACGAACACCAUCGAAAUACGUCUUGUUGUCAACGCAAACUUGGUGCACACGCUCGUGUUACCCAAAGUCUCCCUCAUUUCAGCAAAGGCGGACAUAUACUUCAGCGCGUCGCCACCCAAAUCAUCGAACUCAACAACUCAAGCAACCGGAGGCGUUCAAACGCCAUCUCCCAGCAACACACAGGAAAAAACUUCGUUGUAUAAAAUAUCAACAAUUUCCCUAAUGGGACAGUUUCUUGAUCCACCUCUUACGCGUAAAGCAAUGGAUGAUGUUACCAUGGCACCAAGAAUUGCUCUCAACUCCAGUGACGAGGAAAUCACCAUAGCAAGGCAGUGCAGUGAUUUUUCGCUCGAGUCACGUGACACUUUUGACAAAGAUUUUCCCAUAAAAGAACCCGUGGGUAGAACUGCCUCGUGUCCACAGUCACGAAAAGUGUCGAACCCUUCUGAUCCGCGGGGUGCCGUCAAAUACUCGACGAGUAGCAUGACAUGGACCACAGUGUGAGAGUAGUUCUGGUUUUGAUAGAGUAGAAAAUGUAUAGUAACAUAAGAAUCACCUUCCCCCCCUUCCCCGUCCGUGCCUUUUUGCUUUUGUCAAAAAAGGUUCAACCCAUGAAGAAAGCAUCCAUAUAGCUUUAUCCUUUGUCACACUGAUGCGCCAUUUAAAUGUCAAAAUGUUCUCAAAGAAAAUUUCCAAUGCAUUGCGAAAAAAAUGUGAAAGUUUCAGAUCGGAUAUGAGCCGCACAGGUGCGUAUUUAAAGUUUCCUAACAUGAAUAGAUUCUUAAUUGGAUUGUAGAGAACUAUCAUACAGAGAAUAAUCCAAACAUUCCGAGUUCAGUUUAGUCCAUUUUCGUGCUAUCGACAAUGGUUUUCGUCAGGUAGUGAUAGAUUCUUAAUGUUAAACACAGAUUUUCACCGGCAUUUCUUCCAAACUUUCUCAUGACACCCUUGCCGCAAAGUAUGGUUUUCAUAAUACUUUGUAGAUGGUUACAAAUCUUCCACACCAGUAGUUUUAGUGUGUAACAGUCAGUAGUCUUCGUGUUAGUGGUCCGUACUUGCUGGACCGGGCCGGUACCCGCCUGGUUGUUCAAUGGAUGGAAUAGUCAAUCAUCUCCCUUCCCCCCCCUCUCCUCCGUUCCUCCCCCUAAAAAGAUAUAAUUAGUUUCUGAGGUUUUCCUGUCGAAAGUCGCUCACAGUGAGUGAUUUAAAGGGUUGAUAACGGUUCCUGUCCUAUGAACAUUUAGAGGCCAGCAAUAUUUGGCGAUCGUUUUCCCGUGGUGUACAAGAUUCACCUCAACGAUUGUUGUAAAAAUGCAAUUGGAACCCGCCCAAACCAACCAUAACUAAGCAGCUAAACCUCUCUUGUGGUCGUAGCAAUUGUCAUCAAACAGUGCGCCAGUUUCAGUUGUGUAGUGCUGCAUCUGAAGUAAAUAUAACUCUUCCAUAAGUUGUGAAAACAAUGUUUGAUUUGAAAAGAACAAGGUAUUUCGUAAAUAAGGUUGUGCUUAUUCAUCUUGGUAAAGUACAAUAAUAACAAAGUAUUAUCGUUCAUCUCGCGAUAAAGUCACUUGUGAUGUGGAUCGCGAUCCACAUCACAAGUGACUACAUCGUGACACAAACAAUAAUAAUUCAUUAUUAACAGGAUAUUUAUUAGUGAACGAUUCUAUUUAAAAAUGUAUUUUCUAUGAAACUAGUGUUUGCCUUGAUGUUAUACGCACGUUAGCGGACACUUAAUUCUAAUCUGAUAGAAUUGUUUUAUUAUAAUCAAAAGAAGUCAUUAAAUAGAAGUUAUAUUGAAUAUUAGAAUUAAAACAAGUUUAUUAUGGAAGGAGGCUGCUG